AUGGGAUCCUCAUACUCCACGGCUUCUGGGUAUCUCAACCCUGUCCAAAAUGGAGCUUCAGCUUCCGAUGAAGAAUACAACACCUACUACCCAAGGAAGUCAGCAGAUGCCGUCGAGAGUUUCAACAUUCUCCGACAAAAGUUGCCGUCUGAACUCGUCCUAGAGAUUCUGGAAUUCGCAGAAUAUUGGGUAUUAUCUGCCGUCUACAGAGAAGACAGUAUGGACUAUACUGAAGACGACUGUCGCGAUCGAAUUCCAUAUUUGACAUCCGAGCCCAUUCAAGGCGAGCGAUUUCCCGUUCAAGAGAUAAGAAUCGACAUCUGGAGCCAUGACCAAGGAUGGAGCAGCUAUCGCGAAGAUCAUGGCUCAUUCAGAAACUCUUGGACAUGGUUCGAUCUAGGUAUAGAAAGACCACCGGGUCGAGAUGAUAUCUCCAAGGAUGAAAAUUUACGUCUGGCGACCAAUGUUCAUGCUAAACGCGAAACCGCGUGUCAUCGGAUUACCUAUCAGAGGGACCAGAAACUCCACUGGAUGCAAAAUCUUCAAGGGGGCGACCGGAUUUCGAUUAUCCCACGGGCGCGCUUUCCUGGCUGGAGGAAUACCGUGAAAAGAGCUUCCAUUGAGAUUUACACUACUCCUGUUCUGUGA